AUGGAAAACAAGCUUGAAGCAAAAGACAAAAGCAUUCAGAAAAGAAUACCACGUUCGGUACCAAAAGGAAAGGAAAAGAACUAUAAGUAUAUGAUUUAUACUGAAGAGAUGGAGAAAGAAGAAGACAGAGAUAUGGUUAUGUUGCAUUUAGUCAGAAGAAACAACAAAAGCUUUUACGACCUUGCUAAGAUUUACAAAUCUGACAGAAAUUGGUUCUAUCGCGAAAACUUACCGAUUUCAAUGACACCGAAUGAAGAUGUGAAACAAAUAGUUCAAGAUACGUUACCUCAAACACACUAUGAUAUGAAAGGUUGUACAAUACUUACCUUCAAAGAAGACUUACCGCUACUGAAAGAAAAAAUAACAGAGUAUUUUGACAACUUCAAACAAGCAGAGUAA